AUGGAUCCUGUUGUCUAUCAACAGUCGCCCCUGGCCGACUAUCUCAAUGACGAGGAUGACGAGUCUCACGAGGGCUGGGCUGAGGCCGACAGCCAGCCCGAGCGACCGGCUUCGACCCGAUCCGACAUCUCGCCACCUGCAAGUCCAUCGCGGUUUGCGCCCACCGGGAGACCUCUCCGACACAGCUUUCACGCCUCUACGAGCCCUGCGAAGGAACUACUCGGUAUGGCUUCCAACUUCCCCUUCCCCGACUGCCACUCUAACCUCGGGUUUCAGGCCGCAGUCGCAGCCAGCAUGGAUAGAGCCGAUAACGAAAAAUUCCUGGAGCAAUUUCGAUACAUGAUAAUAGCGUCGCAGCUGCUGAGCGGGCAUACAGUUGCAGCUCGCCGGCACGCCGGGGCAGAAGCACUGGGCCCAGCAAUUGAAAGUAACCAAUCGCUCCUGUCAAACGAAGGAAUUAUCGCGUCUAUACUGGGUGCCUUGGCUAUUGCUGUGGUACUAAGCUGGAUCUUUGGGCAUAAGAAGGACUCUUAUGUCACUAAAAAGCGUCUCGUUCUUUUGGUGGCCUUGCUCGCUGCAUCUGGAGCGCUUGGGCAGGUCUAUGUUCGACGGCAGUGGCUCCAGUACCGAAGAGAGCAGUCCUUGUCCGAGUUGAGUGGGUUCAUUAUCAACUCGCACGAGUUUGACAGUGUUGUUGAGGCUACUCUGGCAUUGGUCCAAGAAGUCGAGCUGGUCUCGCGAGGCUUAAGCAGUAGCGCGCCGCUUCCACCAGUUAGCCGCAUCGAAGACCGAUCGCAAAAUCGAAAGUGCCUUCGCCUGCGAAAGGCCUUGAGGACGGGCAUGGCCGAGGUGUUUCAACAAUACGACAGUGUAGCCACGCUGAUCCAAGGGUUCUCUGAACAGACCGAAUUGGAGAAAUACUACGACAUGUACGACAUUAGCGACUUUGAUAUUCAAGAUGCCCGCCAAGGCUACAUCGAGAAUGAAUUUGAAGACGCAGAGUCUUUACGCACAUUGAAGAUCUUAGCUGCCCGAUUAUAUACUGAGCGAAAGAUGCUACUUUGUGCCAUGCUGGCUCUAGACGCCAGCGGAGAGAGCAAUGACUUGCUGCGCUGGACUGCGGCAGUAGAGGCAUUGCAGGUAUUGAACAAGGCGACAAAAGCCGCGUGUAAAAAAAUCCAAGACAUUCUUGGCGAAGAGCAGUCAUUUCCCAUUCCCCCAACCCCAAAAAUUCCCCUGACGCCGGGUCGAGAACGCUGGCGCGCACAACUACGAAAACUCGGAUCUUUAUCCACUGGUAUCCGCGGCUUGCAGGCCAAGCUACACCUGCUGCGAGAGGAAUCCGAUAGAGCUCUCGAUGACUCGAAUGACAUUUCGGAGAUUGGGCCCAACCUCAUGGCCCAAUACGAUUCGAUCGGUUUCGACCUGAAAGAAUUGAUGGCGGCAUGGGAAGAGGGCAAGAACGCACUGGCGGUCGGUAUCGAUAGGAACGAAAAACGGCUGUCAUCUAUGAGUACUCUCAUGUCACCGCGCAGCUCCAUGAGUGGCAUGACAGCUGCUGAAGACGGCAACGCCGCAGACGCCUUCAAAGCGCUGACAGGCGAAUCCCCCACGCGCUCGGAAAAGGACUCUCCUAGAGUAGACCCCGAGGUCUUUGAAGCAGUGGCCAUUCCCAGACCCCGGAGCAUGCUUACUAGAGAAGAACGCCUGGUAAAGAUGAAGGAAGACCGAGAGCAAAAGGCACAGGCCCGGCAGCAAAUAGAUGCCACACGAGGCAUGCUGCGCGAACUCGAGACUGUCAUCAACCUUCGUCCGAAGAACCGUCUCAGCACUCCGGCCGAACACACAUCGAAUCGUGUUGUUUCGAUGUAG